AUGCUUCCGACAUUUUAUGCUCCAUUAAGGCGGAUCCUAGCUGGGCUCUUUGUGCUGGCUGGCCCGUUCUGGUCGUCGUUGAAGUCGUUGUUGUCCAGGUUCACCUCCUUCAUGGCCACCUCUGCCGCCUGUGCAUCCUCGACAUCUUCUGCCUGUUCCAAAACUUUGGCAAACUCGUUCUCAGACUUGCCCUGGUUGGCCACCAACAGCUUGUCGUCAGCAGCAGCGUCUUCUCCUUCCUCGCCAAACAGAUCCUUGACCGUGAUCUUGCUGAAAUAG